AUGAAGGAACUAUUUGGAAUUCAUAAACCCAUUAUGCUGGACAGCUGCAACUUUGGUCAUUGGAAGGCAAGGAUGCGACAGUUGAUCAGAGGAAUUGACGAGGAUGCGUGGACUGCAGUAGAAGAAGGGUGGUCGGUGCCUACGAUGAUGACUGACGACAAAACUCUUGCUCCAAAACCAAAGAAUCAGUGGACUGAUCCUGAAAAGGCAGCAUCCAAAUUCAACUCUAAAGCUCUUACCGCAAUCUUCUCUUCAGUAGAUCUGGAUCAGUUCAAGAUCAUCCAGGGAUGUGAGCCUGCUAAGGAAGCUUGGGAUAUUUUGACCAACCACUUUGAAGGAAAUACUAGCGUGCGAAGAACAAGGAUCGAUCACUUAGCUUCAAAGUUUGAAAAUCUCCGCAUGACUGAUGAUGAACCAAUUGAUGGAUUCAUAUCCAAGAUCAGUGAACUUGCCAGUGAAGCUUCGGUUCUUGGAAAGAAAUAUUAUGAGAAGGAUUUGGUGAAAAAGCUGUUAAGAUGUCUGCCUCCACGGUUUGAAGCUUACAAGGCAGUACUGGAUAUAGCCGUCAACACAGAUGAAAUGAAGUUUGAUCAAUUGUCUGGUAUCUUGAAGGUCCAUGACCUGGAGAAAUCCAAUCGAACUACAAACUCUCAAAAGAGCAUCGCCUUUGUAUCUGACUCAAACGAACAGGACCGAGUCACAAAGAUAGAAGAGAACUUGGGGCUUAUGGCUCGAAACUUCAACAAAUUCUUUAAGCGAAUGGAUAAAGGAGGAAACAGAUCAAACUCACGAUUUCAGAGGAACGACUCAGAUCGAAGCAGCUCUCAAAACACCAGGCAAGACUCGAAGAACUCUAAGAAGAAGGAGUUACAAUGUCAUGAGUGUGAGGGGUAUGGACACUUUCGCAAUGAGUGUCCACUAGCUAAACGCAAAGAGCUCAAGUGUAUUGACUGCAAGGGAUUUGGACACACUCGAAGUGAAUGUCCUAACAAUCUGAAAAAGGACAAGUCACUUAUGUGUUUCAGUGAUACAGAGUCGGAGAGUGACAGCGACAGAGAUGAGCUUCAUUUAAACUUUAUGGCACUUGUCAGCAAGGAAGAAGAACCAAAACUAGAUUCAGGCAUGGAAGAGGAUGAAGAUGAUCUCAACAACGAUCUUGAAUCAGAAUACAAGUCUCUUUUCGACAAGUUUGCUGAACUCAGUCAUGAGAAUCUACAACUACUAAAAGAUAAGGCAAUGCUGAAAGCUCAGGUGAAUAUUCUGGAAUUGGAGAAACCCUCUGAACAAGCUACUGAGUUGUCUAUACUCAAGAACUCAGACCAAGAACUGCUAUCAUUGAAACGAGCGAUGACUGAACAAGAGAGGGUUCAAAAGCAGGUUGAGCUGAAGAUGAAUUGUCUGAAUGAGCUACUAACCAAGGAGAUGGACAAGAGCAAAUUACUUGAGAAUCAACUAGCUGACAAUCUCAAGAAAGUAAGAAUGCUCACGACUGGUACAACAACUCUAGAUCAUCUUCUCACCAUUGGUCAGUGUCCUAGCAGUAACUGGGGAUUAGGUUUUCAAGGAGCUACUUCCAAAUCUGCGGAAGAAACAGUGUUCGUGAAAGGGAGUUCGAAUGAAAAAGAAAUUCAAACCACGACAAAGGUACAGAUUAAUAAUCAAAAAGGAGAGAACCUAAAGAUGACUGCUGUUACACGACGAGGAAACGGGUGCCAUUUCUGUGGAAAGCGUGGUCAUAAUGUCAGAUAUUGUUUCUUUCGAAAAAGUCAGUAUCAACGUGCAUGGAGGAUGAAUCUUUGUUUUAUGGAACCAUCACUGUAUGGUCAUGUGUGGAUAGCUAAGAAAGAUCUGUACCCAAACUAUAAGCAGAAAGCCUUGACUGUUGCACACAGUGAGAAGUCUGAAACACGCACUGAUGUAAAGCAACCUAUCAUCUGCAACUUCGCGAACCUAUCCACUGGAACUGAGCUGGUAAGCAACGUUGCGUACACAAGCUCUGAUUCUAACUCACAGUUUGAUACCCCCUGGUACUUCGACAGUGGCUGCUCAAAACAUAUGACUGGAAAUCAGGAUUUCUUUGAGAAACUUGAGUUUAUCAAAGGAGGCAAAGUGACCUUUGGUGAUGGAGGACAAGGAAAGAUACGAGGAGUUGGAGAACUGGACAGGUCUGUCUUACCUAAGCUUGUUAAUGUCUUCUAUGUGGAUGGUCUUAAAGCAAAUCUCAUCAGUGUCAGUCAAUUGUGUGAUGAGGGGUUAGAAGUUAUCUUCAACAGCAAAGAAUGUCGAGCUGUUGAUGCUAAAGGGAACAUUGUUCUAUGUGGAGUAAGGUCAGGAAACAACUGUUACAUGUGGAAGCCGUCACAUCUAUGCUACUCAGCUAAGGAGUCUAAAUUGGAUCUAUGGCACAGGAAGCUGGGACAUAUGAAUACUAAUGGUCUGACCCGACUAAUCAACGCUGAGGUUGUUAGGGGAAUUCCAGAACUUGAGAAACAGACCGAUACAGUGUGUGGAGGGUGCUGUCAAGGUAAACAAGUGAAGGUCCAGCACAAACAGAUUUCAGAGAUUAGAUCCAAGGGAAUACUCGAGUUAGUACACAUGGAUCUCAUGGGACCAAUUACUCCAGACAGCAUUGCAGGGAAAAAGUACAUCUUUGUCCUAGUAGAUGACUUUUCUAGAUAUACGUGGGUGGACUUCCUGAGAAAUAAGUCGGACGCGUUGGAGAGCUUCCGUAUUUUGGCCUUGCAACUUAAACAUGAAAAGGGUGGCAUUGUGCAGAUCAAGAGUGAUCACGGAGGUGAAUUUCAGAAUGAGGAGUUUGAUAAAUUCUGUCACAGUCAAGGAAUCAAGCAUCUAUAUGCAGCUCCUAGAACCCCUUAA